CAGAAAUAGGCUUGAAAAUAUAUAUAAUUUCAAAAAAGGAUAACAACUUAAUAAAGAGACUCGCUAAACCCUUUUCGAGUUUUCAAAGACGGUUCUUCUUCUUCUUCCUCGCUCUGCGCCGCUUAACUUAAAUCUCUACGGAAAAACCUUUCUAGCGCUAGCUUCUUCGAGUCUCUCUGUUUAGACUAAUCGCUUUUUUUCGAUUAUAAUCAUUGACUUGAUCGCCGGUAACAUAGAAACCCUAGCUCCGCGUGAUUGUUCUGUCGCACAUAUGAAACCAUCGGAGUGUGAGAGUGAGAGAAUGGGUCGGGACAACGAUCAGAAGAAGGAUAAAAAGAAGAGAAAGAGAAGCCGUGAGAAUGACAAAAAUAUUGAGAAAGUUGUAGCUAAUGAAGAGAAGAAAGUCCCUACCCAGCAGAAGCCGAAGCAAGAGAAUGAGAAGAGUAUUGAGAAAGUUGUAGCUAAUGAAGAGAAGGUCCCAAUCGAGCAGAAGCAGAAGCAACAAGGGAACUGUAAUCAAAGCAAGAAGAAGAAGAACCAAGAAGUUUAUCCUUUUGGAAACUACAGAAACUACUAUGGCUACCGAAUUAGCAAUGACACAGAUGAGGACCCUCGGCUUAAAGUAUUGAAGAAAGAGUGGUUUCAGGGAAAGGACUGUCUUGACAUUGGCUGCAACAGCGGCAUUAUGACUAUCCAUAUUGCUAAAAAGUUUGGUUGCCGGAGCAUUCUUGGAGUUGAUAUUGAUUCAAGUCGCAUUGAGGAUGCUCACUGGCAUCUUAGGAAGUUUGUCAGAAUGCAGAAUUCUGCUAAGUCAAGUGAAAAGAAUUCUAGUUCAGAGGGCAAAGAUGGAGCACAUGGUUCAGUGGAGCAAUCUACUUCUCUCUCCAAUGGCGAGACAAAGGCAGACAACCCAGAAACUAAGGACCUGUCUCAGAUUGUGUCGUUUCAGAAGGAGAAUUUUGUUCUAACCCGAAAUCUUGACGAGAAUCGUUAUGAUACAAUUCUAUGUUUAAGUGUGACCAAAUGGGUUCAUUUGAAUUGGGGUGAUGAUGGGUUGAUCACCUUAUUUUCGAAAAUUUGGCGUCUUCUUCAACCGGGUGGUAUCUUUGUAAUGGAACCUCAGCCUUGGAAAUCUUAUGAAAACAAUCGUCGUGUCUCAGAGACAACUGCAAUGAAUUACCGAAAGAUUGUGUUACGACCAGACAGUUUCCAAGAAAUUCUUCUUGAUAAGAUUGGUUUCAGAACAGUGGAAGAUCUUACAUCAAGCUUGUCCGGUGCAAGCAAAGGGUUUGAUAGACAGAUUCUCGCGUUCCAGAAAUGAACAUAACAACCAGAUGUCUCGUUGAGUUUUUGAAAAGCCUUGUGAAAAUCAAACUAAUUUGGAAUGGCAUGGUUAGAAUUCGUUUCAUAUAUAAUAUGUAAACUCUUUUGCUACAGCUUAGGCUCUCUAAUCCAAUUUUUGUGGUC